AAGACAGAAACUGCAAAACUGCAAUGGCCGUCUAGAACACGUCGAGCUGACGUGUCGUGAUAUUUUUUCGUCUCCCGAGAUUCUGUUUGCAGUGAAACAUGAUUACGUUUAAGCGCGACAAGAAGGAGGAGGAGGACGGCGGUGGGAACCCGUUUCAAAACUUGGAAAAGACCACGGUUCUUCAGGAAGCACGUACAUUCAACAACACGCCUGUCAAUCCGAAAAAAUGCGCCCACAUUCUCACCAAGAUUCUAUAUUUACUCAAUCAGGGCGAACAGUUGGGUACAACGGAAGCCACCGAGGCUUUCUUCGCCAUGACCAAGCUGUUUCAAUCACGCGAUGUCAUCCUGAGACGGCUGGUCUAUCUGGGCAUCAAAGAAUUGAGUUCCUUAGCCGAGGACGUGAUUAUAGUCACGUCCAGUCUAACGAAAGACAUGACGGGGAAGGAGGAUUUGUACAGGGCUGCUGCCAUCCGGGCGCUCUGCACCAUCACCGACGGCAGCAUGCUGGCGGCCAUCGAGCGCUACAUGAAGCAAGCCAUAGUCGAUCGUUCGCCGGCCGUCUCCAGUGCUGCCCUUGUCUCGUCCUUGCAUUUGACGAGCGUGUCGAGCGACGUCGCGAGAAGAUGGGCAAACGAGGCGCAGGAGGCGUUGAAUUCCAACAACGUGAUGGUUCAGUAUCACGCCCUGGGUGUCCUGUAUCAAGCACGUAAGGCGGACAAGCAUGCGGUGAUCAAGCUGGUCGCCAAACUUAUGAAGACGAGCCCGAAGAGCCCUUACGCGGCGUGCAUGCUGAUCAGAAUGGCGUACAAAUUAUUGGACGAGGUGGACGAGGGCGAGGAACUGAUAGGAUUCAUCGAGUCCUGUCUGCGUCACAAGUCCGAGAUGGUGGUGUACGAGGCGGCGCACGCCUUGGUCAAUCUUGGAAGAAGCGGCGCCAGAGAGAUCGGACCUGCGAUCAGUGUCCUGCAGCUCUUCUGCGGCUCGCCGAAGCCAGCACUUCGGUUCGCCGCAGUCAGGACUCUCAACAAAGUUGCGAUGUCUCAUCCGGCGGCGGUCACGGCUUGCAAUCUUGAUCUGGAAAAUCUCAUCACAGACUCGAACAGAUCGAUCGCCACUUUGGCGAUAACCACUCUCUUAAAAACCGGAGCGGAGAGUUCUGUUGACCGUCUGAUGAAGCAGAUCGCCACCUUUGUGUCGGAAAUUUCGGACGAAUUUAAGGUCGUAGUGGUCCAAGCCAUCAGGGCUCUGUGUCAAAAGUUCCCUCGCAAGCACGCGGUUCUCAUGAAUUUCCUCUCGGCUAUGCUGAGAGACGAGGGCGGGCUCGAGUACAAAGCGGCGAUCGCCGACACCAUUAUAGCCGUGAUGGAAGGGAACGCGGAAGCCAAGGAAGCGGGCCUCGCGCAUCUCUGCGAAUUCAUCGAGGAUUGCGAGCACAUCUCCCUAGCCGUUCGCAUUUUGCAUUUACUUGGUCAGGAGGGACCCACGUCGAAACAACCGUCGAGAUAUAUCCGCUUCAUCUACAAUCGCGUUAUCCUCGAGAGUGCCAGCGUGCGAGCAGCGGCCGUUACUGCAUUGGCACGUUUCGCUGCCGCCUGCCCGCCCUUGCUUCCAAACGUGUUGGUGCUGCUCUCACGUUGCCAGCUGGACUCGGACGAUGAGGUACGCGAUCGUGCGGCUUACUAUUGCACGAUUUUGCAACAGCAGAACGACCCGACUAUAUUGCCGCUGGUGCAGCCGCCCUUGCUGUCGGUACCGACACUGGAGAGGGCCUUGAAGAAUUACAUGCUGACAUCCAUGGAAGAAUCGUUCGACAUUUCUCAGAUACCGCCAGCUCAGACAGUAGAGGAACCAGCUCAAGUCGAAGUGCACACCACUAUCAAGCAACCUCGUUUGACCAGAGAAGAAAGCUUUAUGGAGAAAUUAUCGCAGAUCCCGCAUUUGGCCACGAUCAUCCGAGACACGUCGCUCCUCAAAUCCUCGCCGGUGUUUGAAUUAACGGAAUCCGAAACGGAAUAUAAUGUCAAAUGCAUCAAACACACAUUCCCUGAAUUUCUCAUUUUACAGUUUGACUGUGUGAACACGCUCUCCGAUCAACUUCUCGAAGAUGUGGUAGUGGGCGUUGAGCCUCCUACAGGUUACUCCAUUGUGUGCGUAGUACCAUGUCCGCGAUUACCUUACAAUGAACCAGGAACCACCUACACAGUAUUGAAAUAUCCGGAAGAUGUACAAACGAGUGUCGUUACCAUUCCUACGACGUUACGAUUUAUGGCAAGGGAUUGCGAUCCAACGACGGGAAUACCAGACGCGGAACAAGGAUACCACGACGAAUAUAUGUUGGAAGAUUUGGAAGUGACUCUAGCUGAUCAAGUACGUGGCGUUGGUAACAGAGGCAUGGACUUUAAUACCGCUUGGGAUACAUACGCUGCGAAAGGAUUUGUCAAGCUAGAGGAAACAUUCGCUUUGGGAGCUACAGUGACGUCUUUAGAAGGAGCGAUUCAAAGUCUUACAGAAUUCUUGGGCCUAGAAGCUGUGGAACGCAGUAAUAAGGUUCAGAGCGGAGCGGCUGCUCACAAUCUGCUCCUGAGUGGCGUCUUCCGAGGAGGAAAGGAAGUAUUAGCACGUGCUAGACUAGCGCUGAAUGGAACGCAAGUUUACGUGCAACUAUCUGUUCUCUGUCAAGAUCCAGACGUCGCUGAACUAAUAGUCGCGUCCGUAGGAUAGAGAUCGCAGUGAUACAAUGUAAGAAUUUUCGCAAUAGGAAGAAAUAUAUUCGCUGAUUGCUGUAAAAUAAUUUUUAUAAUGUAAGAUUAUCGUUAUAUAUACAUGGAAAUUAUUAAAGAAUACUGCUUGUAUUUCUUUCCGUCGUUAAUAUAUCAUGUGACUUUUC